AUGGAAGAAAGGAUGUCCUUUAAAGAAAUGCUUAUGAGACAUAAUGGUGAAUGGGAGAUGCAAGAAGAUGUUGAGAAAGAUGUUUCAGAAGCAGAAGAGGAAGACAUCAGGAAAUCCAGUCAGGUGCAAUUGUUUCACCGAAACCUCCUGAGGGAAGAAGACAGCGCUCCCUAUAAUGAAAAAAGGCUGGAAAAUAUAUCGGCAAGAGAGGGACAGAUUUUUGUCACUGAUGUAGAGAAUGGGUUCUUCUUUGCGAGGUUUUCGGAGGAGAAGGACCUGAGCUAUGCUCUUACUGCAGGGUCGUGGGUGUUAUUUGAUCAUUAUUUAGCAAUUAGGUCAUGGGAGCCUGAUUUUCAUCCCUUUUCUGCCUCAAUUAGUCGAAUUAUGGCGUGGGUCCGGCUUCCUAGCUUCCCAGUUGAAUAUAUGAAUACUGAGUUGAUCAAGGAGGUGGGAAAUUGGCUUGGAAAAUUCAUUAAAAUGGAUGCUGCGACGACUUGCCUAGCGAGAGGUAAGUUUGCUAGAAUAUGUGUUGAGUUGGAUUUAAGUAAACCUUUGCAGGCUGAUUAUAAGAUUGAGGGGAAAUUAAAAAAUGUUGAGUAUGAGGGAUUACAUUUUGUUUGUUUUGCUUGUGGUAAAUAUGGUCAUCGGACUGAGAAUUGUCCUGCCAAAGCUGAUAUGAUGGAUGCAAAUUCUGGGGAUGUAAAUUCGAAGAAUGAAGAGGAUGGGAGUCUAUCUAAUAGUGCGAGUACUCUUCCUAAUAAAACUGAUGAGAGAUUUGGGCCCUAG